AUGGCUGUAGUGAACGCUUUAUGGAACGCCAUGAUUGUUCAGGGAAUGGUUCAGAAAAAUAAUGACGAACUGAUAGUCUUUUGUAAAGCUGGCUAUUAUGGAUAUAACUGUGAAUACUUGUGUGGUAAGUGUAAAACUGAAACCAUCUGUAACAACAUCACAGGAAUCUGUCCCGAGGGAUGUCAAAACCGCUGGACUGGAUUAAAUUGUGACGUUUGUAGGGAUGGAUAUUACGGACGUUAUUGUGAACAUGUAUGUGGCAAGUGUUCACCUGUAGCUUCUUGCAACAGCGUUACAGGAAUUUGUCCAGACGGAUGUCAAAACCGCUGGAAUGGAUCACAAUGUAACGUUUGUUCUGAUGGGUUUUAUGGACUUAUUUGUGGAAGUAAAUGUGGACAAUGUCUAAUUGGGACCAUCUGUGAUCAAUCAACAGGAGUGUUCCCUAAAGGAUGUAAAGGGAAUUGGACUGGUCCAAAGUGUGAGGAUAUUACUUCAGAUCACGAAUCCACAAAUGCAUGUUCAGAUAUAGAAAAACUAAGCAGUCUUAAAGCUUAA